CGCAAACCCUCGCAACACACCCAAAAUUCUAGCAAACAUGUCUUUCACAAGGCUUUCCACCCGGUUUCUCUCGAGCACACGAGCUACUCCCCGGCUCAUUGGGAAUAAUCCCAUCCGAACACCGCACCAAAUUCGUCUCGAAUCCACCAGAGUACCACGAUUAGCCCAAGCCUCAGUCUGGAGCUCCAUGAUCCCUAAAUUCAUCCGAAACCGUGGUACCAAGGAGACAACGGCUGACACUGCGAAAUCGAAAGAAUGGAACCCUGCUAGUUUCUAUAUCAUCAUAUUCAUCUUGAUCGGGUCACAAGCGAUCCGGAUGAUCGCGCUGAAGAACGACUACCGCGCAUACACACGGACAACCGAUGCUAAGAUCACGCUUCUGCGAGAAGUGAUUGAGCGGGUUAAGAAUGGUGAGAAGGUAGAUGUGGAGCGAUUACUGGGGACUGGCGAUCAAGGAAAGGAGAGGGAGUGGGAAGAGAUUUUGCGGGAGAUCGAGGAGGAGGAUUCGCUAUGGCAUCAGAAGUCAAAGGAUCAGGAGCCAGAUCAACAAGUUCAGUCGCAAGAACGCCAGGUGGAGAACUCGCGGAAGAAGGACCCAGUUAUGCCCGCUGAAGGUACCGGAAAUGAGGAGCCACCUGCAAAUAGCCCCUCGAGACGAAAGAUCAAUUUCUUUUAAGAACAUUUUCUAUGGAAUCAGCAUGCUCUCGGGUCCGGAUCUCAGCUGCAUACCUUCGCGUUUCGACCAAUGCAGUGGUGCUCUGACCUAAAAGUAACCCUCGUGAGCUAUCCUGUUGAUGCGGCCAAGGCUCGUUACUGUGAUUGGUCAUUGUGAUACUCAAUUCUGCAUCUUUUGAUACGCGGGGUCACCUGGCGUUGAGAAAAUGUGUUCCACAUUUACACUUACUAUGUAUAUAUAAGGGUCUAUACCAGCUCUUAUGAGAUUUUAUGAUACCCAUGUCAUUUUGACCUACAAUACUUUUGCUCUGGUGUAUAUU